CCUCAUACUUCCUCCUCCUCCACUCUCCCCUCCUCCCCUUCUUCUUCUUCGUUUUUACACCCUCACUCAACAUUUCCCACUCCCAUCUACUCCGCUCCACACAAUAAUCUUCCUUCACCAUGUCCGAGCCAAUUCGUAACAAGAAGGUCGACUCCAUCUCCGCUCCAACUCCACAGAACACACCUGCCAAUGCCGCUCCCAUAUCGUCGCGAGCGCAGCAGCCCGGUGUGGCGAGCAUCAAAGAGGAGGAGCUAGAUCGUGCCGCCGCCGGCCUAUUCGCUGCGAAUCCCGCCCUCGUCUCCAUGAUGCAGGCCAAACUCGGUUCAUUAGUCGGUCGCUCAAGUGGCUACAUUGAAUCCCUUCCUGUUUCCGUCCGCACGCGCGUUGCUGGCCUCAAAGGCAUCCAAAAGGAGCAUUCAAAACUCGAGGCCGAAUUCCAGGAGGAGGUCCUACAACUUGAGAAGAAGUACUUCGCCAAAUUUACCCCUCUCUACGAGAACCGCGCAAAGAUCAUCAACGGUGCCACCGAGCCCACCGAGGAGCAGGUCAAGGUUGGCGAGACCAAGGAUGAGGACGAUGAGGAAGACGAGGAGCUCAAGGAGGAGGCCAACAAGGACGAAGGCAAGGACGUCAAGGGUAUCCCUGAGUUCUGGCUUAGCGCCAUGAAGAACCAGAUCUCCCUUGCGGAGAUGAUCACUGACAGGGACGAGGCUGCCUUGAAGUCUUUGACUGACAUUCGCAUGGAAUACCUCGACAGACCAGGUUUCCGACUGAUCUUCGAGUUUGAGGAAAAUGAGUUCUUCACCAACAAGAGCAUCACCAAGACCUACUACUACCAGGACGAGAAUGGCUACGGCGGCGACUUCAUCUACGAUCAUGCCGAGGGCGAAAAGAUCGACUGGAAGGCAGGCAAGGAUCUGACCGUUCGCAUUGAGAGCAAGAAGCAACGGAACAAGAACACAAAGCAGACCCGUGUGGUUAAGAAGACUGUACCCACGGAAUCCUUCUUCAAUUUCUUCGAUCCCCCUAAGCCCCCGACCGACGAGGAUGAUGACGCCGCCUCAGACAUCGAGGAGCGCCUCGAGCUUGACUACCAGCUCGGCGAAGACAUCAAAGAGAAGCUCAUCCCUCGCGCCAUCGACUGGUUCACGGGUGAGGCACUGCAGUAUGAAAACCUCGAGGAUUUCGAUGAGGGCGAAUUUGAGGAUGAAGACGAUGAGGACGAGGAUGAGCUUAGCGAUGACAGGGAUGAUGAUGAGGAGUCAGACGACGAGAAUGACGGCACAAAACCUAAGCAGGAAGCCGCUGAAUGCAAGCAGAGCUAAAUGGCCCUUUCGCUCGACCAUGGGUUCUCAGCCACAUAUCACUCGACCGGCCCGCCAUUUGACGAUCUGGAUGCCGGCAUCGACAUGCAUUUGACGAUUUCUUGGUGGCCCCAAUCAUGAAAACACCGCAGACUUUGUUUUCUUUCUCCUUUAUCCCUCUCUCAGCCCUGCACCCAAUUGUAGUCCCUCGCCCGCCUUCGGCAUAAUUUUCGAUCCACGCCGGAGGGCAUCCACAGCAGUAGACUAGCUAUCGCGCAAAACAUCAAUCAUUUAGCUCUCUGCACCCCUUUGGUCUCUCUUCGGAGCACUGAGUGUAUGCCCCGGAACGACAAUGAGAGCAGCGCAAAGACAUCAACCAUAAUCUCGGUCAUGGGAUCAAUUUACCUUUAGACGAGUGUAAUCUAAUUGACACAGAUGCUUAUGCUUGUUGACAGCUAGUCUCCACAUGAGGCAGCACUUACUUGUAUUUUGAACAUUCAC